GGUACGGAUAUAAUCAGCAGCUCGGCUGGUUGCACAAAUAUGGAUUUCGGUGGCUAUCCGGUUGGUUGGUGUUCCGUGUUGUUGGUUUUUAGUUGCUGUGGGCUUCUGCCACGUCACCUGAAAAAGCUGCUUGAGUGACAUCCAACCGCUCACAAUUUAUUUUGGCUGGAGCAUCAGACUUGGAUCUUGCUUCACUUCAGCGCGAUUGCCCAAGCAGACAGCCGCAUUUUUCACCGCCUAUUCAUUCCAAACAAUACAUGUACCUCACAAAACACACAGCCGCGAACCAGCACAACAAUUAUUCAAACAAAGCAAGGAAGCAGAGCAGAUCCUCUCUACAAUGAAAACAGUGUUUCCACUCUCCCUGUUGCCGCUUCUGGCGUUCACUGGCGCUCAAGAUUGCUCCAACUUUCAAGCUCUUCAUUCGUUUCAGCCUGGCGUUGAACUGGAAUGGGUCGUUACCGUGGACGAUGAGAGCCCCACCGGAGGUCUCUUUCGCGCUCAAGUGACCUACGAAGGUCUAGGAUGGGUGGGCUUGGGAUUCAGCCCCACAGGAGGCAUGGUCGGGUCCUUGGCUGUGAUUGGUCUGCCCGAUGCACCAGACGGAGACUCCAACCCUGGCAAAUACGAUUUGUUGUCGUACAGUCCCACCACAGCGGAUCUGUCCAGUCAACAAACCCUCAUGGACCACAGCGUGACACAGAAUGAAACUCAUACUGUCCUUACAUUUUCAAAGUACCUGAAAGAGGAUGGAGAAAUAGAAAUUAAUCCUCAAGGCGACAAUUUCAUUUUGGUUGCUACUGGAUCCUCGAAUACAUUUGGUUACCAUGCGUUUCGCGCUUCCGAGUCUCUGACCUUUGAACCUUGUGAAGAGCCUCCAGCCGUCGAUGCCGAUGCGGCCGCCAUGGAUACUGAUGCGGCCGCCGUCGACACGUCGGCUGCUCCCACUGGAUCACCCACCAUUUCCAUGGCGCCGACAACCUCACCCACCAAUGGACCCACAGAAGCUCCAACAGAAAUGAUCAUUCCUGAUACUUCGCCCCCUGGUGAAAUCGUCAAUUGCUCCGAGUUUCAAUCCACCCACGCGUUUGACGAUAUCCCCAUGACGAUCGAAUAUGUGGUCGUCGAGGACGACAGUCCCAAUCUAGGAAUUUUGAGCGCUCGGGUGACAUAUGAAGGGGUUGGGUACGUCGGGAUGGGAUUUUCCAGCGAUGGUCGCAUGGUAGGACCGCAACAUCUUGCAGUAAUCGGAGAGCCAGAUGAACCGGAGGGUCCUUCGAAUCCAGGAAAGCGCAACUUGGCGGGUUUUGACACCACUGCGAACGCCCUCACCGAUCAACAGACGCUGAUGAAUCACUCCAUUUUUCAAAAUGACACCCACACCGUCUUGGAGUUUUCCAAGUACUUGAAAGAGGACGGAGAAAUUGAGAUCAAUCCUUCCGGAACCAACUUUAUCCUGGUGGCGGCAGGAAUAUCCAACGCUUUUGGAUCUCAUAGGUACCGAGCGUCUGUCGGUCUUGUCUUCCAGCCUUGCGUAGAAGGCCAAUUGGCCAGCAAUGUCACAGCAGCUGGAGCCGUCUCGAUUGAAUUUGACGACAAGAAGCGAUUCUUCAAAGUUCAUGGCAUCAUGGCUGCUAUUGCUUGGGGUCUGUUGGCUCCGUUGGCCAUUGCCAAUAGCAUGUGCCGCCACUUGAUUCCCAAACAGGGGCUUUGGUUCGAGGCACACCGCGGAUUCAAUAUUAUGGUGUUUGUGCUGACGGUCAUUGCGUUUGCCGUGGUCGUCAAGGCGCUGGAGGAUACGAGCGGCGGCAAUGCGGACCAUUUCAAACCUCGCGAAGGAGCAUUGGGCAAACAUCACACGAUCGGGUUGGUCGUCUUUAUCUUGGUCAUUGUGCAGUGCAUUGGUGGCAUGAUGCGACCCCACCUUCCUUCUCCCGGUGAGAAACCUUCCGCUAUCCGUGUCAUGUGGGAGUUUGGACACAAGGGUUGUGGAAUUUCGCUCCUGGCCAUGGGUUGGUAUCAGUGCCAUUCGGGGCUCGUCUUGUACGCUCGGCGAUUUACUAAUGAAGAGGAUUACGUCGGUGUCUUUUGGGGUAUCACGGCUACCAUUGCGGCUAUUGGCUUUGCUGGAAAGAUUCACGGAUUGUUGACUCGCAUGCCUGAAUUGCCAGCACAGAAGGCCAACGGUUCCACGGCCAACGAGGAACACGAAACUAUGGAUGCCUGAUCAACUUGUGCUGACCGGCGGGUGGAUUUUCUGCGUCUCCUCCGACAAAAUCACAUCUUUUUCGUGUCGGAACAAUCCACAUGCCAACCGAAAGAGUGGCCUGGGCCCAUAUGACCUCCACCACCCAUGGCACGACAGGCAGUCAUCGCUAAACACCAAACCUUGCAACCUGUCGUAACCACGCCACAGACCACCACGACAUACUCACAUCUUUUUGUUUUGGAACGAUCUCCAUGUCGAACGAAAGAGUAAUAAAUAGAUAGGUUUUUUAGAAAUCAUUCUGCUCGUCGCUAGCUAGCCAGUACCAUAGCGGGUGGU